AUGGCACACCGGCUUCUCUGUGGGCCUAAUAUACCCCCCGAGAUUACAAUUGGAAUCAGGGUGGGCAGACAUCCUGUCUCCAUCUCUGUCCCAGACUCCUGGAGUGACUUCUGGUGUGAACCAUCUGUCUCAGAGAGCCUUAUCUUCGUUUACAAGACAAAAGACCCCAGUCCUGUAUACAAGACAGAGAUCCCCGCACCCAUCUACUCAGACACCUUGAGUGACCCCUGCAAGCAACACAGCGCCCUCCUCUGCUACAACCACAACACCAGAGGAAUCUACUACGGCUUCUGCAAACGUCUCUCAAAGGACCAGUACAUCCCCUGUCAGCAAGAAGACACGUUGUGUGGGAAGCUCUUCUGUCACAAUGGGAACCCAAACCCAAACUACGGCCGCAUGGUGUCGGUCGGCGAUUGCAAGGCAACUUUCUAUGAUGACUACACUAAAGACUACGGCCAGGUCGACACUGGGACAAUAUGUGGGGAUGGAAAGGUGUGCAGCGAGAACCAGUGUGUGGAUUUAGUGACAGCUUACAGAAACACCAACUGUUCUGCAAAAUGCCCAGGCCACGCUGUGUGUAACCACAGGAGUGAGUGUCAGUGUUUGCCUGGGUGGAUGCCUCCUUCCUGCAUCUCAGAAGAUGGAGAUUUCUCUGCUCUUUCACCAGGAGCAGUUGUUGCCAUAUCAGUGACAAUUAUACUGGUUGUUCUCGGUAUCAUCCUCGGUGUGAUUGGGUUCAUCUGGAAAAAACGACAAAGACCCAUUUUGCCAACUUCCCACACCCAGAGGAAGCUGCCAGCAGGGGACAGGUCCUUUCAGCAUGUCAACAAAGGGCCAGCUCCUGGUCAAGUGCCACAGCCUGAAAGGCUGAAGCCCAAAGCUCCACCUCCUCCACCUCCAGGAGGGCGAAAACCUAAACCACCGAGUCAGAACUACAUGGCUGCACGUCAGGCUCUGAGGCCAGUUCCUCCACCAAAAGUCUGAUGUCUGACACAGUGCCACCUUUAACCAAACCUGGGGAGACUCACCUUUGUCCACUGUCUCCGGGCUCCAGGCAGCCCAGAGGAACAGAGACAUUUUAUAUUCAAGGCCUCUGGUUCCUCUGCCUGAGGGUGCUCAGUGUUUGUACCAGUGAUGUGCAGGACUGCAGGAGGGAAACACUGAACUCUACAUUGUCACUUCCAUGUACUGCCAGGGCAUUACAGGGAAUGUACUGUACGUUUUAUUUUUAUGGCACUUUUUUUAUAUUAUAGUGUAAGGGGUUGCUGCAGCUAGAAACAGAAGCAGCUCUGGCCUUAAUGUGAGCCAUUUUUAUACAUGUUCUUUUAUUUUGCAAAAGAAAUUAUACAGAAUAUUACACAAAACAUGAUUUUAGUUUCAAAGUGUUUUCAACAGCAGCACUACUUUCAAAAAUGUUGUCUUUGACGUGAUGAUCAAUGUUUAUGCAAUGUUAUAGAAAUACUCAGAUCAUAAGAAAAAUGUUAGAGUAGCAUAUUAUAAAACUGUGCUGCAUUUUCAGGUAGAGCUCAGGUACAGAAUCACAGUGUAAAACCAGAACAAAUGGAUACAUGUUGGUGAUAUAUUUAUUAGAUCAGUUUGUCAAGUUAUGUUCAAUUUGAAAGUUUUUGCAGUAGCACUUCACAGCUCAGUUUCAGCUUCAGUUCAUUUCUAAAUGAAAUGCCAUGACGUCUAUGUGUUGUUG